AUGUCAUCGCUUGAACGAUAUAAAAACGAUGAAGAAAACAAUGAUCCGCUUCGAAUCUCUAGCUACUAUGGCGAUCAAACGAUUGUAAGCGAUCCCGGCAACUUACUUGAUGUUGACCUCAGCGCGCCCAAUUCCCCUACCUCCAUAAAACCACGUGGAAUAGAAGAGAUUUAUGAUGAGAAUGAUCCGAAACAGUGGAACAAGGCAAAGAAAUAUCUGGUGCUGCUAUUCAAUUGUUUUGGGGGAAUGCUGGUGGGACUUUCUCACACGAUAUUCUAUCCGGUGAUACCGAUGGUAAGUAACGAAUUCGAUUUCACCGAAGAAUUUGCCGAUGUUAUAGGUACGAAGCCACCAUCCCCUUCAAAAUCAAAAAAUCAAAGAUUCUUUAAUCCCCUAUCCCCAUUAUCAUCACUCUAUCACCCAAACACCUUUUUAACCAUAAUAUACUUAAUCAGCGUCUCGCAGAUUUUAUACCUUCAAGACACUUUGUUACUAUACAUUUUUGUUGUAAGAUAUAAUUUGUCAAUUAAUGACUCGAUAAUGGUAUUCCUUGUUAUUUCUCUGGGCUGUAUAGCAGGAUGUUUGGUUGGCGGAAUGUACUCCGACUUAGCAUUGAGGAAAUCGAAACCGUCCGGCGAUAGCGAAGUCUUUCACGCAGAGAGAAGAAUAAAUAGCAUUUGGUUCGCUGCUGCGUUGGUUCCGCUGGUCUAUCCGUUGUGCGGUUGGUCUCUCCAAGAAAGAUGGUUCGUCCUUAUUCCGAUUGGCGCCAUGUAUUUCGGUGGGUUCGCAAUUUAUUGGUUGUUGAUUGCAAACUCAACCUAUCUGAUUGACAUAAAUCCGACAAAGAGCUCUUCGGUGACUGCAUUAAAUAAUUCGACGAGAUUUAUAAUUGGAGGCAUAAUAACAGUUUUCACCGUGCCAUUACAUAAACUGACGAGCAUAGGAUGGGUGUUUACCAUUGCCUCGGGUGUAAAUCUAUUGUGUAUUCUAUUGUUGGUGAUUGUGCUCCUCAAAGGUGAAAAAUGGAGAGAGGAGAGUAAAUAG